UUCCUGCCCGAACAGUUCAGUUCAGGAAGAAGAAAUAAUGGCGACGCUUUUGGGGUCCGAUUCCCCUUGUAUUGGAGGAAAACGAAGAAAUGGCAACAGCAAUAUCAUUUCAAAGUUUACGGCUAGUAAAAUUACCGGCCAGGGGUUUAGUCGAGGAACAGAGCUCCCAGUAGGUCUACUUCAGGAGAGAGAUAAACGGGCGAAGUGGCAUGGCAUCCCUCCUCUGCUGCAGAAGCUCUAUGAGAGCAGCCAUCCAAACAGUGACCUCUCCCAUGCCCACAGCUUUCUUAAGGUAUUAUCAUCCCAGCUCUCCAUGGAGGCCAUGUCUUUUGUCACAGAGGACAGGAAGACUGCUCAGGAAUCCACCUUUCCCAACACACAUACCUUUGACCUCUUCGGUGGAGUCGAUCUGCUUGUGGAGAUCUUAAUGAGACCCACAUUAACUAUGCAGAAGAAGAAACCCAAAAUGAAUGAUGACUUGGUCAAAGACUGCCUUAGUGUUCUCUACAACUGUUGUAUAUGUACCGAGGGCGUCACAAAGAGUCUAGCAGCAAGGGAUGACUUUGUCCUGUUUCUCUUCACCCUGAUGACAAACAAGAAGACCUUCCUGCAGACAGCUACACUUAUUGAAGAUAUUCUGGGAGUCAAAAAGGAAAUGAUUCAGUUGGAUGGCAUCCCCAAUCUGUCAGGCCUGGUCCAAAGCUUUGACCAGCAACAACUAGCCAACUUUUGCCGCAUCCUAUCGGUUACCAUCUCAGAACCUGAUGUGGGAAACGAUGACAAGCACACCCUGCUGGCUAAAAAUGCCCAGCAGAAACGCAAUGCUAGCCCCUCACGGGCAGAGGUCAACCAGGUAACCCUUCUGAACAUCCCCGGCUUCAUUGAGCGGCUGUGCAAGCUGGCCACUAGGAAAGUGUCCGAGGCCACAGGAGCUAACUUCCUGCAGGAGCUGGAGGACUGGUACACCUGGCUAGACAACGCUCUGGUCCUGGACGCCCUCAUGCAGAUGGCAACAGAGGAGCCUGAACAAAGCAGUACAGAGUCAUCUGAUGAGAGUUCCCUUGCCACCAGUCCUCUGAGACAUCGACUGCCCCAGUCCAUGAAGAUUGUCCAUGAGAUCAUGUAUAAAGUGGAAGUGCUGUAUGUGCUUUGUGUCCUUCUUAUGGGGCGACAGAGAAACCAGGUCCACAAGAUGCUUGCGGAGUUCCGUCUUAUCCCCGGGCUGAAUAACCUGUUCGACAAGCUUAUCUGGAGGAAGUACACCGCUUCAAAUCAUGUGGUGCAUGGCCAGAACGAGAACUGUGACUGUAGUCCAGAAAUAUCCUUUAAAAUCCAGUUCCUUAGGCUACUUCAGAGUUUCAGCGAUCAUCAUGAGAACAAAUAUCUCCUGCUGAAUAGCCAGGAGCUGAAUGAACUCAGUGCCAUUUCUAUGAAGGCCAACAUCCCUGAGGUGGAAGCUUUGGUAAACACAGACAGAACUCUGGUGUGUGACGGGAAGAAGGGACUCCUCACACGCAUCCUCACUGUCAUGAAGAGGGAGCCACCAGACUCAUCCUUCAGGUUCUGGCAGGCGAGGGCAGUGGAAAGUUUUCUUCGUGGAGCCACUUCCUAUGCAGACCAAAUGUUCCUUCUGAAGAGAGGACUACUAGAGCACAUCCUAUUCUGUAUCAUAGACAGUGGCUGCACAUCUCGGGAUGUCUUACAGAGCUACUUUGAUCUGCUUGGAGAGCUGAUGAAGUUCAACAUUGAUGCCUUCAAAAGAUUUAACAAAUAUGUCAACACUCCAGAGAAGUUUCAGACUUUCCUGACACAGAUCAACAGUUCUCUGGUGGACUCUAACAUGCUGGUACGCUGCAUUGUCCUAUCAUUGGACCGCUUUGAGAGUCAGACUGAAGAUGUUAAAGUGGUGGAGGUACUUUCUGAGUGCUGCCUGCUGUCAUACAUGGCCAGAGUUGAGAACAGGCUGUCCUUUCUCUUCCGACUGAUCAACAUCAUCAACGUACAAACUCUGACACAGGAGAAUGUGAGCUGUUUAAACACCAGUUUGGUGAUCUUGAUGUUGGCCAGAAGAAAGGCAAAAUUGCCCUUCUACCUCAAUGCCCUGCGGGAGAAGGAGUAUGCUGACAAGUACCCAGGCUGCCUGCUCAACAACUUCCACAAUCUACUGCGCUUCUGGCAGCGCCACUACCUCAACAAGGACAAAGACAGCACCUGUCUGGAGAAUAGCUCCUGUAUCCCCUUCAGCUAUUGGAAGGAGACGGUGUCCGUGCUGCUUGGCAUAGACAGGACUUCUCUGUGUGCCAUAUCGAGCUACAUUGAUGAGCCCUUUAUGGAUCUGGACAGAGACCUGCUAGAAGAUUGACAUCCAGUGGGUCCACUGUGGGCAGGACAGGGCAGAGGAUGGCAGGGAGCAUGGACAUCUACAGCUGACGAGGACUCCACUGCACUGAGCCAUCCAGGCACUUUGUGACUGUGUUCUGGAUGUUAAGACUCGCAUGUUUGCUGUUGGUACCUUCGCAUGGAGGCCUUCAUCACUGAUAUGAGGGGAUGUAAUUCGCACUAAAUUGCCAUGCUCUUCUUCAAAGGAGGAGGGAGAAGCCUUUAUGCCCAUCCCAGAUUGGCCACAUCAUUUAAAAGACAAUAAUGGGACCUUGUGAACCACACCUGCAUUGGUUGUUUGCUGUAGGUGAACUUUAAAUAGAGCCUUUUAUAUAACCUAUACAAAAUUCUAUGGAAAAAAAUAUGUAUGAUUAAACAAAGUAUAUGUUAGAAAAAUGAGUCUUUUCACCUGUUGACCACAGAUUAAACUGUAAGUCUGACAAAGGUCAUUGAUGCGUCACAGGGCUGCCAGGAGUCGCCAGCCUCAACCUCCCACUACCUACACACUCUCGGCUGACUCCACGCCAAUCCAAGUCCUUACCUGAUGGUUGAUAGAACUGGUGGUUUUGGAGUUUCUCCAGGGGUCUUAAUGAACAGCAUUUUUAUUUUACCUUCCUGUGGGUCUAUGACGUUCGGUGCUUUCUGGCUCUACUUGGCUCAUUAGGAUAACUUUUGGGUUGGAUGACACUUUUCCCCCCAUCACACAGGGCUCCUCAACAGAAACCAUCCACUCUGUCGUGGUGUCAGAACGUUCACCCAGGGCCUCCUUUCUUUACCAGGUUAUUUUUUGAUUUACCUUUUUCCUGUUGAAAAAAAUGGCUUUUAGCUCUGGAUAAACUGUAGAAUAAAUGAUGCACAGGU